AUGCGACUCACAAACCUCGCCUCACUCCUCGCCCUCGCGUCCUUACCCUCCCCCGCAUGCUCCAAAACCGCCCCCAAGAACGCGAUCCUCCUCUCCGAAGUCCAAUCCCUAACCCUCCGCGGCGCCCCCGCACAAACAACCCACCGCCGCGUAUCGCCAAUCUCGCAACUAACCUGCGCCUCAUCCCCCCAAAUCUGCCGCCUGCACACCAUCGACGUCCUCCGCUGCACGAACCAGGGCUCCGGCUACGACACCGAGGACAUCCAGUGGUCGUGCGAGGCCGCCCUACCCCCCGAGCUCAAGCUCGGCUCCACCGACGUUAUUUGUGAGGGCUACGCCGGGCCCGAUGACCCGUACGUCCUCAAGGGCAGCUGCGGAGUAGAGUAUAGAUUGGUGCUCACCGAGCUCGGCGAGGAGAAGUUCCCUGAUAUCGCGAACGGCGGCGGUAGUGGUAGCGGGGGUUGGUUUGGUGGUGGUGGAGGGGGCAACAACAAGGGGCAGAAGAAGGAGGGCGAUAAUAAGGACAACGCGCCCGACAUCAGCGCCUGGCUGUUCGGGAUCAUCUUCGUCGGCGUGUGCGUCUGGAUCCUGUACAGCGCCUGGACCAGCGCCACGGACGGUCCCAGAGCAGGCCCCGUGCAGCGCAGGCCACGCGGAGUCGGCGGCGGCGGUGGAGGUCCCGGGUUUGGAGGCGGAGGUGGUUAUGGCGGCGGCUACGGUGGCUUCUCGGACGAUGACCCUCCACCGCCAUACACUGCUCCUAAGUACUCGUCGUCGAGCCAGGCUCAGAGUCAGGCUCAGCAGGGCUGGCGUCCGGGCUUUUGGAGCGGUACAGCUGCUGGCGCGGCCGCGGGCUAUAUGGCAGGCAACCGAGGCAGCAGUAGUGGACAGGGGACACCGCGCGCCACCAACAGCAGCAGCGGCGGUGGCGGCUGGGGAUCGACGCCGUCGAGCUCCUCGGGUUCCGGCUCUAGUUCAGGCUCCACGUCUUCCUCCAGGUACACCAGUACCGGCUUUGGUUCGACCAACAGAAGAUAG